AUGGAUAUAGAAAGAGAGUUUCGCAUGACAGACUAUGCCAGAAACUCUUCCGUACAGAAGAAAGCAUCUGAUAAGACAAAACACAUAACAUUAGAAACAGUGCAACAACUCUACAAAGAGACAAGACCCAAGAGUUUAAAAAUAGCUGACCUGGGAUGUUCUUCAGGACCAAACACUCUUUCCACCAUUAGAGACAUCAUCAAAGCCGUCAAGUUUGCUCACCACCUUGAGAUCCCAAACCAGCCUUUGCCCGAAUUCAGCAUCUUCCUUAACGAUCUCCCUAGCAAUGACUUCAACUCUAUAUUCAAGUCCUUGCCUGACUUUCACACAGAGCUCAAGAGAGAUACCAACUAUGGUGAUUGCCCUUCAGUUUUCAUUGCAGCCAACCCUGGAUCAUUCUAUGGAAGGCUUUUCCUGAAAAAACCAUCCAUUUUAUCUAUUCCUCUUUUAGCUUGCACUGGCUUUCCAAGGUGA